AUGGGAUCAAAAACAGUAAAUUUGGUUACCAGAACAUUGGCAGGUCAUCAGAAUUACAGCAUUGAUGCCAAAAGUGAACCAUUGACAUUAGUGAGUGAAAAGGAUGGAAUUCGUACGAUUUGUCUCAAUAAUCCAAAGAAAAGGAAUGCCCUGUCGUUAGAAAUGUUGAAUCAACUGUGGCAAGAUUUAAGUAAAGAUAAUAAAAGUCUACGAGUUGUUAUUUUAUCAGCUACAGGUCCAGUAUUUUCAGCAGGACAUGAUUUAACAGAAUUGAGGAAAGAAGAUGGUAGACAUCACCAUGAAGAAGUUUUUAGACGCUGUACACAUGUCAUGACUUUAUUACAGGAAAUGUCUGUUCCGGUCAUUGCCCAAGUUAAAGGU